AUGCCAACGGAUGGAAACCGAGCGGGACAGUCAAGGGUGCGCUCAACGAGGUAUCAAAAGAAGUCCCUGAAAUUGAGGCGGACGGCAGCAGUGCCAUCCCAAGCAAUAUCAUUUCCUUACAGGCCCCAUAGAAGAAGGGACAGCCCCUCAAACAUAAGGCAUCCACCGCGGGUCUACAUUCCGGGUAGCUUAAUGAGACCGAGGCAAAUCCGAGAGGUUAUAAGAGAGGAUGGAGCAAGAAGGAUCCGGGAGAUCCAGACCCGAGUACGGAGUCGCUCGGGUCCGAACAGAACGAAUUUACCUUCAGGAAGCGGGGGUCCGCUAGCUUCCUUUUAUCGGAUCUCUCCACCCGGUGCAAUAAGCGACACUUCCUCGCAGCUAUGUCAGCUACCCAGUGCCCCUUGGCCUUCGAAUAUUCCCCUAUCAUCGCGCACAUGCUCAGAAGUUACUCAGUAUUCCUCUGAGCCAUCAGAUUUAGCUGAGCACACAUGCUACCAGUCAUCCUGCACAUCAUCCACAGGCGCUCCAUAUCACUUCCCUCCACUGGAGCGCAUCCCCGGAUCCGCAGGCACAUUCGACGAUUUCACCUCGCAGGUUUCUGCAGAACCCAUGAUGAGCUCUGGCUUUGGCUGUUAUUCCCUUGAAGAACUAGAGAGCAGACUAGAGACGAUAACCGAAGACGAGUUCUACAAGAGCACAUGCUCCAGUUUAUGGUCAACAGAGCCCUUUAAUCAUGAGCAGAAGCGCGCAAGUAUCGAAAUGGAACAUCCGGGAUCACUGGUUAAUUUUUGCUCAAGCGUAACAACCGGCUCCGCCGCGCCCGGUACUGUUCAUGAAGCGCUAGAACAAGAACUAUCCGAUUCCACCACGCCUCAUGCCUCUUCCCAGGCAGAUGCCGAAGGGGCAGCGGUCACCAGUGAGACUUCGAGCGCCUUAAGCUCUCGACCAUGGACUUCCAAGCGCUCACAAAGCCCUAGACCGUCUAACCAAAGCCCGGGCGGAUAUGGGCGCACACACAUAUUGACCCCAGCUACCAUAACCAUUACCACCCAAACUUUCGAGCGACCCGCCUCCUCAGCUGGGCAUCCUCAUUCAUCAACAGCAACAACACGCACUUCGGGGUCACUAUCCUCUGCUUCAUUCAAGAGCCCAAAUGAAUCGUCCGUUGUUAAUGCAACACCUUGCGUGAACCAAGAUGCCGUAACGCCUUUUGAAGCCUCUGCUCCUGCUGUCCUUUCUCCCAUCCGCACAGAAAUUAUGCCCGGCACCCCUGACCAGCUUCCGCCACCGGCAGAGCAGUGGGAGGAACUGGGAGAGCAAGAAGUGCUGGGAGAGCAAGAGGUGCCAGGAGAGCAAGAGGUGCCAGGAGAGCAAGAGGUGCCAAGUGAGCCAGAGGCGCCAGAGCAUAAGUCACAGAAAUCAGAGGAUGUACAAUCAAAUGUUUCAUCCAGCCCUUCCUUUCCCAUUCAUAAUGACGGGUGUUCGAUAUGUACUUUUGUGCCUUAUCAGUCCUCAGGCGCCGAUUCGGUGGCAAGCCAAAGUGGGCGCAGUUUCUCAAGGAACACACCAUUUCCACAGUACCAUAAUACUUCUCCUAGAGAGGCAAUGCUAAUGCAUUCAUCUGCAGUAAGGCCAAACUCACGAAGUCUUGUGCCUAGGGUGCUUGCAGGAGAACCGAUUGUGGAUUUGCAGAGGGAGCUCCGGGAAGCACAGUUGAGACAGGAGCUGGAAAGGCUCGGAGGAGCACCAAAUUGUGUGGCUGGGCCGGCAGCUUCGUUACAAGCCACCGUUGAGAGUGUAGCGGGUGAUAGCGAUGACACUGGUGGGGUUGAUGUGUGA